UAACCCGGUUCAUGACAACUUGAUCCUCGAGGCCCAAAUCAUGAAACGGGCCCAUUACUAGAAUAAGACGACAAACCAACCAGUCAUUCAAAAGGAGAAACCGGAGGUCCGGCAGAACAGAUCCGACCCGAACUCUCCUCUUUCAACUCUGAAUGCAAAUUCAGCAUUGUGCAGCUAGUGACGGUUCUAAACAUUUUUUUUUUAUGAUUAGCUGGAAAAGAAUUGACAAUGAACAAGAAAGAUGAGGUUUCUAAGAAAGACAAGAUUCAAGUGGUCAAGCUGGACAAGGCUUUUAAAUUGGCCGAGAAAUGGGUCAAAAAUAUGAGCAAAUCUUCAGAGGACCAAUCUACCAAAGGACCAUUAAAGGCCCGACCUCCUAGGCUUGGGUUAGGUGCAGCAGUUCCGCGCCAAACCCCUGUUGCACCUUCAAGUGACCCAGUCGAAAGAAAGUUACGAGGAAACUUGGAUGCUGCAAAAAGGAAAGCUGCCAAAGAUGUUUUGGAAUCUGUGCCAUCUGCAAGAGAUGAAAGUGUUGACGAAGAUAGUGAAGAGGAGCUAGAGAGCAGGAGCAAAGCAAUUUCCAAAAGACCAGCCACUAAUUCCAACUCAUCUUUACAGGCAAGAAAAAAGCAGAAGUAGAUUGACUUUGUAUAUUUAAAGCUAAGGUUCCUACCUUUUCUAUAAUGUAAACGUCAAUGUUCUGUCAAACAAAUUUCAGCAUCAAUAUAUAGACAAUUAUGAUGUUCCCUUAA